CAAACACGCGUUGUGGUGGUGCUGUAUGUAAAGAAGGAAGAAAAAAAAACCGAAGAGAAGAAAUCCGAUUUUCUGUUGGAAAUAUUGAAAAAUCCAUAAAUCAAAAGGUGUGUUGAACGUACAUUUCGAUUACGUUUCGAUCCGUUCGUCCCUUCAAUUCCGCGUUCAACAUCAGCUGGGAUUAUUCAAUAUUUGGACAGAAAAUUAACCGAGUCACAUUUUUCAUCCAAACCAAAAAAUUUUUUUUGUUGUUUGAAUCGUCGAACUGAGUGCGUAAAAUUUGUGUAAAAAGUGCUAACCCAGAGAGAGAGAAUGGCCGAUGUAAGACAUGAUGUUUUAGUUCUAGGAUCUUGUAUUAUGGAUUUUAUCUGUUAUUCAGCUAAAUUACCGAAAAGAGGCGAAACAAUUAAGGGAAAGAAAUUUGAGACUGGAUAUGGAGGCAAGGGCGCCAAUCAAUGUGUCGCUGCCGCCAAACUGGGAAGCAAAACUGCACUGAUAGCAAAGCUUGGUGCCGAUCCAUUUGGUGACAAUUACAAAGAACACCUGCGGAACGAAAAUGUGAACACGGAUCAAGUGGAAAGCGUCGAGGGUCACACAACCGGCGUCGCUCAAAUAACCGUUGCCGACAAUGGUGACAAUCACAUCGUUAUUGUGCCCGGCGCCAAUGAUACAAUGAGCCUGGAGGACGUGGACAAUUCCCGGGAAUUGAUUGACAAUGCCAAGGUGAUGGUCUGUCAAUUGGAAACACCGACACGUGCAACACUGGCCGCACUGAAACGCUUCAAAGGCAUAUCCAUACUGAACGCAUCGCCACCGCCGCUGGAAAAUUCGUUGGACAUUUUCACCGUUCCCAACAUUCUGUGCAUCAACGAACACGAAGCGGCAUCGAUGACCCAGCGAAGUGUACCGAAUUUGGAAGAAGCGAAACGUGCAAUUAGCAAUUUCCUGUGCCUCGGAGUACGGUGUGUGAUCAUCACGUUCGGUAAAUUGGGCGCCAUUUUUGCGUCGAACGACAGUCCGAAACCGAUUCAUGUCCGAACGCCGAAAUGUGAGAAGGCCAUUGAUACGACGGGUGCCGGUGACGCAUUUAUCGGUGCUUUGGCUCACUAUACGGCCAUCGAUCCGACUGUUCCAUUGGUGCAACGAGUUGGCGCCGCUGUACAUAUAGCCACUUAUUCGGUGCAACGCAAGGGCACACAGUCGAGCUACGCAUCGCUGCAGGAUCUUGGUGAUUUUGAUAUAAGAACCAAAAAGUUUGACUGGAGUUACAUUUAGUGGAAACAAAACGCGGAGAUGAUGAGACGAGUGGGGAGAGAGAGAGAGAGAACGAAGACGUGUCCGAUAUAAUCGGAACAUUCUUUUCGGGUGGAGAGAAAGUUUUCUUUAUUUUAAGCUGCAAAAUGCGAAAAAUGUCGUCAGAAUUUCGUCCCAAAAAUUUUGUUUUCUUUUCAUUGCCUUUUUGUAUAAAUUAGUUCUGUUGUUGUAUGUGAGUCCUUUGAUCGUUGAUUGUAAUUUUUUCUUUUUUUUUUGAUUUAGUGUAAAGCCUGAAAUGUUAUCCCCUUUUUGGAUUAAUUCAUUCUUUUUAGUUUAAAAUAAAUAAUUUUCUUUGAUUUUACAUAAUUAAGGGAAGCGAAAGGGAAGGACAUUUGAG